CGUGAUCGCGCACGCACGCCGUGCCUGUGACAGAGAGGAGGAGCGCUGGUGAAGAUGGCGGAACGCGGUUACAGUUUCUCUCUGACCACAUUUAGUCCGUCAGGCAAACUUGUUCAGAUUGAGUAUGCUUUGGCUGCAGUCGCUGCUGGUGCUCCUUCAGUUGGAAUAAAAGCGUCAAACGGUGUGGUUUUGGCAACUGAAAAAAAACAGAAAUCAAUCUUGUACGAUGAGCAAAGUGUACAUAAAGUGGAACCAAUUACCAAACACAUAGGCAUGGUCUACAGUGGCAUGGGACCGGACUACAGAGUUCUUGUUCGAAGAGCCCGGAAACUAGCCCAGCAAUAUUACCUUGUGUACCAAGAGCCCAUUCCAACAGCACAAUUAGUACAGCGAGUAGCCUCCGUUAUGCAGGAAUACACACAGUCUGGUGGUGUGCGUCCAUUUGGAGUCUCAUUAUUAAUCGCAGGCUGGGAUGAAGGACGGCCAUAUUUGUUUCAGUCUGAUCCAUCUGGGGCCUAUUUUGCCUGGAAAGCAACAGCAAUGGGAAAAAAUUAUGUAAAUGGAAAAACGUUCCUGGAAAAAAGAUACAAUGAGAAUCUGGAGCUCGAGGAUGCUAUUCACACUGCAAUCUUAACACUCAAGGAAAGCUUUGAAGGGCAAAUGACAGAAGACAAUAUUGAAGUCGGCAUUUGUAAUGAAGCUGGGUUUAAAAGGCUUACUCCUGCUGAAGUGAAGGAUUACUUGGCAGCUAUAGCAUAAGUGAUCCGACAGUGGAGUACGGUUGAUGUAGUUUUUUUUUUUGUUUUGUUUGUUUUCUGCCACUAAAGGAUUCAAAAUGUUUUCUUUGCAGAUUUUUUUUGCAUACUUUCUUAUUUCUACCUGUUUGACAGAUCUUUUUAAAAUGACAUGGGUCGAGUCACAUUAAACAAUACAAAUUAGAA